AUGGCAGACACGGAUGCAGAAGCAUCUUACAUUGACUACGAGGCAUUCGCAUCGCCGGACUUCCAUGCACCAUCAUUCGCAAACACGCUCGUCCUGUCCACCAAUGAUGCCAACGAUACAUCCCUCGACCUCUCCACACCGUUAUCGCGUGUUUUGUUCGACGUACAGGAAGUCGAUACGCACAUUGACUCUCUCACGACUUCAUCCGCACUGCCUCUACUUGAACACACAUCGACUCGCGCAAAGGCCAGCACACACAUCCUCGACACUCUCGAAUCCCAGGUUCAGGGAUUGCAACAAGCAUAUACAAGGCUACAUCAGGAUGUGGUUGAAAGAUACGAACAGGCCGACCAAGUGCGCCUCGCUGCGGACAGACUAGCCACCACCCUACGGCUUGCCAGGGCUGUCGCAAGAUGUCUACAGAUUGGUAGGACGCUAGAGAGUAGCAUGGCAGAUACAGACAAACCACGUGAGGGUUAUCGUACCCUUGCACCAGCAGCUAGAUUGGUCCUGUCACUCAGACAGGCUCUGGCUCCUGACGACGUGGUCGAGGCAAGGUUGUUGGCACGUGUAAAUGCCAUUACCGCAUUACGGACAGAAUUACUGGAUCCAUCUGAGCGGAGCUUGCUGGCGAAGUCACAGCAGAGUGUGCGCGAGUUCAGUAUGUCGACCCUCACCGGCUCAUCUGGAGGAGCAGGCUCGGUGUUUGCACAGCAUGAUGAUACAAGAGCAAGGACGCUGGCAGCACUACAUACACUAUACCUGCUUUCUCCAGUGAGUCUGCCGCCGAAAUCGUCCGCCGCACAAGGUGCAACUUUCAACCCAACUGUACUCGUAGCGGCAUUGCAGUCGUAUCUGCAAACCUCUCUCACAGCGUCAGUCACUUCUCUAGCACGCGCUCUAGCUACGCUUCCAACUCUCGAUCGAACGCUCCUCGACAUCAGUGCAAGAUGUCAAAAUAUAGUGGCGUUGGAGUCUUUGCUAUCAACUGCAAAACCUCCAGUCCACCCUCUCUUACCUAAUGCUCCCGACAACACCAGACCUGCCCCACUUGAACCUCCGUCCAGCUUCUUGGGUCCUCUUCUUGCAGCUUUAGACACUUCCUCUCUACCAUCUUACUUCUGGCGUUCUUUGGCCUCCUCAUUAGCACCGAGAGUUCAAGAGAUCAUCGCUCGUGGAGGUGUCAGCGCACGAACUCUGAAGACGAAUCGCGACAAAGUGCGAGACGCGGUUAGAGAAUGUGUGCACAGGGGUAGUCAACUGCCGUCGUCGACAGGUUCGAAGAAGGUGGUAGGAAACUGGGAGCGAGAAGCUGCCGUUAUGGUCGGGAGUAUCAUUGGUUCUUUAGGCCGAUAG